GAAUACUUCUUUUUAAAUGUAAACUCACUGUUGAAUGGAUGAACUCACAGAAGAAGAACGUUUACGAGUUGAAAGAAAUCGAGAACGUGCUGUAGAACUCAGACUUUCUCAAGUUGUUGCAAAUGAUCGUCAUGAUGUUUAUGCAUCUGUUCCACAGUCGAAGAUUUCACGCAAACUUUUAAGUGAUGGAGGUUUUAUUCUCGAAGAUGAAGUCGCUAAUCAUCAUCCAUAUACUGAAAAAGAUGAAGAAUUUUCAGAUCCAGAGUUAAAUUCAACUAAUAAGCCUAGAAAGCGUAAAAAAGUGUCUGUAAAGCAACCUAACACUGGACCUGAUCUUUUCAUUAAAGACUCUGAUAUUCCUAUUCCUCCUGAUAUAGAAAAACCUAUAUGCGAUAUAUGCCAUAAACCAUUUGAAGAGUCAUUUUUGCGGAAAACAUUCGAAGUUGAUGUCUGCGACAAAUGCCGGGAUCCGAAAAACAUCCAUGCUUUAAUUACCAAAAGUACAGCUAAAGAACGCUAUCUAUUAAAUGAUGUUGAUUUGGAUAAGCGUGAGCCUAAAUUGAAUUAUCUACUGAAACGUAAUCCACAUAAUUCAAGUUGGGGAGAUAUGCGUUUAUAUUUAGAGGCACAGAUUGCUGAACGUGCUCUAGAAAUAUGGGGAUGUGAAGAAGCCUUGGAAGAAGAACGUGAAAGACGACUUAAGCGUAAUGAAGAAUCUAAGCUGAAAAGUUAUAGUAAAAAAGUUAAAGAAUUAAAACUUCAAACACGUAGUAGCCUGUAUAUGAAAGUGCAUAAAUCGCAUGAGCAUACAUUUGGAGCAGAAAAAUAUGAUUCUAAAUUGGACAUUUAUUAUAAAUGUUGUAUUGAUUGUGAUUAUAAAUCAACGUAUGAAAAACUAUAAUAUAGAGAUUUUAUCUCAUUUUAUUGUAUACUAAUAAAUUACAAUAUAUAUUGUAUAUUUAUUAUAUUUGUUUUUUCUUAUUACCAUUAUUAUUCUUGUCAUCAUUUUGGCGUUCAUUUGAGAAUGAUGAAAAAAAACGUUUGCAUAAUUGGAACCGGUAGUUGUCUGGUUCCAUGUUAACUAACUCUGAUUUUAUUCUGCUGAUUGAAUUUCAUGUAGCUUCGAUUAUGAAUAAUAAUCACUUCUAGUAUUCAACUUAUAACCAAUCGGCUACCAAGUAAUUCAUUCUAAUCUGAAUCUAUUUAAACUAUAAUUCUAUUGUUGUAAAUAAUUAAUUGUUGACAAGCUAUUAUAUAUUUUUAUGUGGGAAAUUUUCUGUUUGUAAUCGGGUCAUUACGUGAAAUGGUUUUUCGGUUUUCCGUAUUACAGGAUCUCUUAAAUAGAUUUGUAUAGAUUAUAUGUGAUUUGCGAUAGAAAUCAUAGGUGAGUAAAUAGAUGUUUAUGUCCCAUACUUUUUGUUUUAACAAACCAGUUAUACUGGACUAUUUAUUACUUCAGCAUCUUUCACUCCGAAAUUGACAUACUUCUGUCUAUCCUACUUGUUUUCCGUUACUGAGCCGUAAAAUUCAGCACGUUAAUUUAUUGUAUUUCGUAUCAAGAAUAUCUAAACAUUUGUAUUUUAGUAUUUUAUUGUAUUACGACCUUUCUAUGCUUUUGCUUGGAUUUCUUGUCUUUUUGUUAAAGGCAAUAAGCCGUUUGUUGUUCACUUCUCAUAAAUACGUUACAGUACCUCGUGUUAGAUUCCUCCACAGUGCGCACUUAUCACUUCACAGAUAAUCGAGACCAACACUGAGUUUUCUCAAGGUAAACAUGUGUUGCAAUUUAAUCACUAUUUUGAAAUCUAGUGGUCUUUAUUUCGCUGCUGCUAUCCAUUCACAUUAUAGUCGAAUCAUUAUUCAGUGUUAUCGACAGAGAUUGACGUAUUUUGCGCAUCGAUGUUUUCUCUCUUAUUUAUUCGAACUGGUAGAUGAAAUACAUUUUG